AUGGCAGCUGCUCGGCAGACGACACGACCACCACCCACCUCGGGCUGGCCGCACCCCGGCGACGAGGUCUACGUGACAGGGACCUUCGAUAACUGGAGCAAGAGCGAGCAGAUGGAAAAGGUCGGCGACAAAUUCGAGAAGAGCGUCGAGCUUCCCGACACCUCCGAGAGGAUAUACUACAAGUUUGUUGUCGACGGCACCUGGACCUCCAAUCCAACAGAUCCCAAGGAAAAGGACGAAAGCGGCAACGAGAACAACGUCCUCACCCCUGAGGCCCUCUUAGCAAGCCUGCCUGCCACUGCCGCCAUCAUGAACUCCGUCAACGCAGAUUCCACCACGGCUCAAUUGGCCAAGGAUGUCCCCCUGGAGAAGGACAUCAACGCUCAGCCCGAGACGGAGAAGACCGAGACCAAAGCCGAGAACGCAGAUGCAAAGCCCUCCGACCUGCCCGGCUCCUUCCCCGAGACGCCUGCCGAUGAGCUUAACAAGUCCAUCGGCGUCAACCCUCUCCCUGCUGCUGCUGGUGGCCUCAACCCUAUCAAGUUGGCGCCCGGCGAGCCGAUCCCCAACGACAUCAAGACUGCCGAUGUAAACUCAAACGUCAAGCUUGAUGCCGAGUCCUACGAGAAGAGUGACGCCCUCCCUGGCGUCGACUCGAAGGACCUCAGCGUGCCCCCAGUUUCCGGCACAAUGAUCCCCGAGUCGAGCCUGCCAAUUGGCACCGGGAACCCACACAUCAACUCUGUCAGCGCCGACUCGACGACAGCAGCUCUGGCCGCGGAAGUGCCAAAGGAGCCCAAGGUCCCUGAGGUCGUCAAGGAGAGCCAAGACAAGGCCGGCGUCGACCCAGAAGCCAGCGGUAUCGCCGACGAGGUUAAGGAAAAGGAGCAGGUGGAGGAGGAGCUGAAGGAAAAGGUCCCCGAGGCCCCAACGACAUCUGAGGGCACCGCCGGCAAGGGAACCGAGAAGUCCGAGAAUGACAAGACGCUGCUCGAGACUGCUGCGGCCACCGCUGCAGGUGUCAGCGCUGCUGCCGUCGCCACCGCCGUCGCCACCAAGGACAAGGCCAUAGAGACAGCUGCCCCUAUCGCCGCCCAAAACCUGCCAGACUCUGUCAAGCAGCAGCUGCCCAACUCCGUGCAGGAGACCAUCAACGCGACUGGCGCGGAGAAGACGAUCGAGACGGUGUCUCCUGAGGUCCCGUCUGAGGUCAAGGACUCGAUAGUCGAGGCUGGCAAGAACCCCGAGGCCGCCGCCAACACAGCCGCUGUUGAGGACAAGAAGGCCGUCGAGGCCGAGCUUCUCAAGGAGGUCAAGCCUGCCGAGUCUGCCGAGGGCUCCAAGUCUGAGCCAGCCAAGGCUACGGAGGAGGCAACGAAGACCACCACUGAGGAGCCUAAGGUCGUCGAGCCGCCAGCGGCUGCAGCGGACGUGCCCAAGGUCAGCGAGCCUACCGGCAACGGAGCCAGCAAUGGCACCACCGCCAACGGCUCUGAUGCCCCCGCGACCCCCGUCAAGAACAAGGACACGAAGCCUACGGAUUCCGCAACCCCCACCUCGGCCACCUCGGAGCAGAAGAGGAAGAACAGGAUCAGCGGGUUCUUUGGCAAGAUCAAGGCCAAGAUCGCGAACAAGGACGCCCACAAGGACGCCUCUAAGGACGCCACCAAGGAUAGCAGCAAGGAGGCCGCUACGGAGGCCGCUACGGAGGCCGCUACGGAGGCCAGCAAAUAA